AUGGCCCAGUGCGUCCCCUGCUUCCUCCAGCCACGGCCUCCCCGCCAAUUCCGCCGCCGCGCCGCCCGUUACAAUGCCCCGUCUCGGCCCGCCACGCUGUGCUCCGUCCCGCCGGACGGUAGCGAGGUGGGCACCGUCGUCUCAGCAGUCGGCGCCGCCGCCGCCAUCGCCCCGCGCACCACCGCGUCGUUGCCCUACUCAUCCCUCCUUCAGUCCUGCAUCGACUCCGGUUCCUUUGAGGAGGGGAUGCGCAUUCACAGGCAGAUGGUCGUCAGCGGCUUCCGGCCAGAUGCCUACCUGCAGACCAAGAUCCUCAUGCUCUACGCUCGAUCGGGGACUCCGUCUGGGCUAGCCACCGCACGAGAGCUCUUCGACGGAAUGCCCCAAAGGAACUCCACGGCCUGGAACACGAUGAUCCUGGCCUACGCGAAGGAUGACGACCAUGGCGAGGUGCUGGAUCUCUUCUUCCGGAUGCAAAUCUCAGGAGUUCCGCUGGACGUGUUCACAUUCCCCAGCGUCAUCAAGGCCUGUGUGGCCCUCGGCCUUGAGGGCUUCCUGCAGCAGCUCCAUGGGAUGGUACUCAAGGCCAGAUUGAACAAGGACCUGAUUGUGGGAACCGUGCUGGUGGAAGGGUAUGCCCAGCUUGGUUCCAUGGAGGACGUUCUCAGAGCCUACAGCGAGGUCGAGGGCCCCAACUUGGUCACGUGGAACGCUGUGCUCGGUGGGUAUGUAAGGCGGUCACUGUGGCACGAAGCUUGGGAAGUUUUCCAGACCAUGGAGAAUGCCGGCGUGCGCCCCAACCAUUCCACCUUAGCUUCAGCUUUAAGGGCCUGCGGCGGCCUGAGAUCUCUGCAUAGAGGAAACCAAGUGCACGCAAAGCUAAUCACCCACGGGUUUAGCGAUGACAUCUUUCUCUGCAACUGUCUCAUUGAUAUGCACGCUUCGUGUGGGAACACAUGGGGCUGCCUGAAAGCGUUCGAUUUAAUGCCCGAGAGGGAUCAGGUGAGCUGGAACACAAUCAUUUCUGGUUUCUCACAUCUGGGUCAUCCCGAGGAGUCCUUCUUGCAGUUCCAUAGGAUGCAGGAGUCAAGCUUCAAGGCCGACAGGUUGACAUUAGCGAGCCUCCUCAGAGCCUGUGCCUGUCUGGUUGAUGCCAGCUACGCUGGACAGUUGCAUGGGUACUUGGUCAGGAGAUGGCUAGACUCUGACCUAAUUUUGGGAAGUGCACUGGUGGAUCUGUACGCCAAGAUCGGCUGCAUGGAAGAGGCGUAUGCUGUUUUUGGCAGGUUAGAGGAGAGGAACGAAGUGCCUUGGAAUGCUCUAAUCUCUGGAUAUGUUCAGGAGGGUGGUACUGAUAGAGCACUCGAAGUCUUCCACAGAAUGAGAACAGAAAGCUGUUCACCUGAUCAAUUCACCUAUUCCAGCCUGCUGGUUCUGGCUUCAGAACUGGGCGAUGCAGAGCUGGGGAAGCAAAUCCACUCUCAAGUCAUCAGAACAGUCUCUGAGCCCAGUUUGAUACUAGAAACUGAGUUAGUUCAUAUGCAUUCUAAAUGCGGAAAGCUAGCCAAGGCACUGAAGAUUUUCAGCAGGAUGCCCCAGAGGAACGCAUAUUCUUGGAAUUCUCUCAUCGAAGGGUUUGCCAAAAAUGGUCAACCCCAUGAAGCCUUCAAACUCUUCCACCAGAUGCAGCUUGCUGGAAUGGAACCAGAUUCUUUUUCCCUUUGUGGCGUGCUUUUGGCCUGUGUGAGUCUUUUCCAUGCAGGGAAAUUGAAGGAAAUCCAUGGCUACGCUGUUAGAAACUUCCCUGGAGACCAUGGGAUUGUAGUCUCUAGGGUUCUCGACGCCUAUGCAAGGUGCGGGAGCACGGCCUCUGCGUGGAAGAUUUACAGCAAUACCCACGAGAAGGACGUUGACUUCCACAACGCCAUGCUCUCUGUGCUUGUGAAUGACAGAAAUCUCGGUGGAGCCAUGGAAGUAUUUGAAAGGAUGGAGGAGAGAAACACGUCGUCUUGGAACUAUGUUUUAAUGGGAUGCAUGAAAGAGGGCCUAAAAGAUGAGGCAUUCUCCCUCUUCCACAGGAUGCUGGGGGCAGGGAUUGAACCAGACAGUGAGACAAUGGUUCCAUUGCUAAAGAUAUGCGCGAAUAUACCUUCUGUUGAUAUGGGGAAGCAGUUGCAUGCCUGCAUCGUCAAGAAGGGGCUUCUCCACAGAUCAGUCGUCCUGGACAGUGCCAUGGUCGGCAUGUAUGCCAAGGGUGGGCACAUCGAGGAGGCCAGGAGGUACUUUGGUCUGAUGAGGGAUAGGGGUGUUGUUGGAUGGAAUGCCAUGAUAUCUGGUUAUGCACAGCAUGGGCGCAGCAGGGAAGCCUUGAAACUUUUUGAAAGAAUGCAGAGAGAGAAUGUUCUCCCCAACAAUUUGACCUUUCUCUCUCUUCUUUCAUGUUGCAGCCAUACUGGGCUUCUGAAGGAGGGCCUCUCCAUAUUCACAUCCAUGGUUACCAAGUAUGGGCUGGAGGCCAGAGGAGAACAUUACACCUGCAUGGUGGACCUUCUUGGCCGAGCAGGCCACAUUGACAAUGCCAAGGAUUUCAUUGAGGGGAUGCCCAUGGAGCCAGAUGCUUCCACAUGGGGAGCUUUGCUGGGAGCUUGUAGGAUUCAUGGAGAUGUCAAUGUCGCCAGGCUUGCUGCCAGUAAACUUCUCGAAUUGGAUCCCAAGAAUGCAGCACAUUACAUCCUCAUGUAUAAUGUUUAUGAGGCAGCCGGAAGAUGGGUGGAGGCAGAAGAAAUUAAUGAAAUGAUGAGAAAGGGUGCGAUAAGGGAACCGGGUAUGAGCUGGAUUGAGGUCAACAACGAGAUCCAAAUCUUUCAUUGUCAUGACAGGUCGCAUGCAAGGACAGAGGAGAUGUACUCUAUUCUGAGAUGCCUAUAUCAGGAGGAGAGCAUGGCGCAUUCCAUGCAUUAG